AUGUUUGGUGCAUCCAGCUUUGAAGACCUUACUUCACAUGUAUCUGACUGUAGUGAGGAGGUGGAAAUUAUAGUGAAUGUUGGAGGGAUCAGGCAGAUCCUCUAUGAGGAUGUUCUUAACAGAUAUCCAGAAACAAGGCUGGCUGAACUGAUCAGUUGCUUGGCUGGGGGCUAUGAUGCCAUCUUCUCCCUUUGUGAUGAUUAUGACCCUGGCAAAAGAGAAUUCUACUUUGAUAGAGACCCAGAUGCUUUCAAGUGUAUAAUGGAGGUUUACUACUAUGGGGAAGUUCAUAUGAAAAAAGGAAUAUGCCCCAUAUGUUUUCAAAAUGAGAUGGAAUUUUGGAAAGUUGACUUGAGUUUGUUGGAUGAUUGCUGCAAAAGCCACUUGAGUGAGAAGAAAGAAGAACUGGAAGAAAUAGCCAGAAGGGUUCAGACAAUUUUAGAUGAUCUUGGAGAAGACAAAUCUGAGAGCAGGUGGAAAAGAUUUCAGAAAUAUGUCUGGAAAUUCAUGGAAAAACCAGAAUCAUCUUUACCAGCCAGAGUCACUGCAGUACUUUCUUUCUUGUUCAUCUUAAUUUCUUCUAUAGUAAUGUGUGUAGGAACCAUCCCAGAGUUGCAAGUGGAGGAUGCUGAAGGGAAUCAUGUUGAACACCCUACCCUGGACAACAUUGAGACCGCCUGCAUAGGAUGGUUCACUUUGGAAUAUGUGCUGAGACUCAUCUCCUCUCCAAAUAAGGUACAUUUUGCACUUUCAUUCAUGAAUAUAAUUGAUGUGUUGGCCAUCCUUCCAUUUUAUGUAAGCCUCAUCUUGACACAUUUAGGAGCAAGUUUGAUGGAACUAACCAAUGUUCAGCAAGCUAUACAGGCUUUAAGAAUCAUGCGGAUUGCAAGGAUCUUCAAAUUAGCCCGUCACUCUUCUGGCCUACAGACUUUGACUUAUGCUCUGAAGAGUAGUUUUAAGGAGCUUGGUCUUCUUCUAAUGUACCUUGCUGUUGGGAUCUUUGUUUUUUCUGCCUUGGGAUACACAAUGGAGCAGAGUCACCCUGACACCUUGUUUAAGAGCAUCCCUCAAUCUUUCUGGUGGGCAAUCAUUACUAUGACCACUGUAGGCUAUGGAGACAUUUAUCCUAAAACGACACUUGGUAAACUCAACGCAGCAACAAGUUUCCUGUGUGGUGUGAUUGCCAUUGCUCUUCCCAUCCACCCUAUUAUAAACAACUUUGUUAAGUACUAUAACAAGCAAAGAGUAUUAGAAACUGCUACAAAGCAUGAACUUGAAUUAAUGGAGCUUCACUCAGGUGGAGGAGAUCAUGGGGGAAUCAGAGGUGGUCCUGAAAAUUCUAAAUUGGGGACUGAAGCUCAAGGCCUGGCAACUUUGAGUAGACAUAUGAAGCUUUCCCACAGUGAUACAUUUCUUCCAGUACUAUCACAAGAGAAACAUCACAGGACAAGACUGCAGAGCUGCAAAUAA